AUGAGCGACUCCUGGGAGGGCCAGUACGACCGGGAGCAGCAGGCCGCCGCCCCCAGCGGCGGUGGACUCAACCCGGCCGCCCAGCCCUUCCGCCUCAGCGCCGGGGCGCCGGAGUUCACGCCGUCCUUCGCCGUGCCCGCGGACCCUCCGCAGGCGCCGGAAUGCGAGUCGCCGGGGGAUGAGGGGGAUCCGGAGUGCGCACCCGGAGAUGCGCCGAAUGGGGAGGGCUGCGAUGGAGAUGAAGAGGAGACUGGAGGCGUGUCGUCCUCGCAGCCGGCUGGGGAAGCUCAGGAGGCCCCCGCGGACGAGGCAUCCGCGCUGAUCGAGGAAUUGAAAGUGGAGGACAGGAGGGCCCCGGCGGCCACGCCCUCCGCCGGGAAGAAGCAGAAGGCCCCCCAGGAAGAGAUAGAGGACGACGAUCUCAGGGAACAUCUGAACAUUGUGUUCAUCGGCCACGUGGACGCUGGCAAGUCGACACUUGGGGGACAGAUACUCUAUCUGACGGGAAAUGUGGAUGAAAGGACAAUCCAGAAAUAUGAGAAAGAGGCACAUGACAAGAACCGUGACAGCUGGUACAUGGCAUACAUCAUGGACACCAAUGAGGAGGAACGGGCCAAAGGCAAGACUGUGGAAGUUGGUCGGGCCCAUUUCGCCACAGAGAAGAAGCGCUACACAAUUCUUGAUGCUCCAGGCCAUAAGAACUAUGUGCCGAACAUGAUCAGCGGUGCAGCACAAGCAGACGUUGGACUGCUGGUUAUUGCAGCUCGGCGGGGGGAGUUCGAGACUGGCUUUGAGAGGGGUGGACAAACGAGGGAGCAUGCUCAGCUGGCCAAGACCCUGGGAGUGUCCAAGCUGCUGGUUGUUGUAAACAAAAUGGACGACCCCUCCAUAGUUUUGCCAGAUGGCAAAUGGUCCAAGGAGAGGUUUGACUUCAUUGAAACUCGUUUGACGCCUUUCUUGAAAUCGUGUGGCUACAACACAAAGAAAGACGUUAUCUUCUUGCCAAUAUCUGCACUGCAAGGCAAGAACAUCAACACAAGAGUGCCUAUGGAGGAUUGCCCCUGGUGGGAUAAAGGGGGCCUUUUUGAGACCCUGGACGAGCUGGAGGCUAUUGACAGGAACCCGGACGCUCCUUUCAGGAUGCCCAUCAUCGACAAGUACAAGGACAUGGGCACCAUGGUGAUGGGCAAGACUGAGGCUGGCACAAUCAGGACUGGCAUGACUGUGCUGCUCAUGCCCAACAAAGUAAAGGUGAAGGUGGACACUAUCUACAGGGAUGAGACAGAGGUGCCCUGUGCGCGGCCUGGCGAGAACCUGCGGAUACGGCUGCAGGGCAUCGACGAGAACGAUGUGUCGCCCGGAUUCGUGCUGUCCAGCACAGAGAACUCUGUUCCAGUUGUGAGGGAGUUUGAGGCGCAGUUGAUGGUGAUGGAGCUGCUGGAGCACAAGGCCAUCUUCAGUGCGGGGUACAAGGCUGUGCUGCACAUCCACUCUGUGGUGGAGGAGUGUGAGGUGACGCGGUUGCUGACGGAGAUCAACCCAAAGACCAGGAAAGAGGGGAAGGCGAAGUACGUCAGGAGCAACACCAUGGUCACUUGUCGCAUAAAGGUAGAGAAAUCCAUAUGCCUGGAGACGUUUUCCAAGGUGGCGCAGCUGGGCAGGUUCACUCUCCGGGACGAGGGCAAGACCAUCGCCAUCGGCAAAGUCAUAAAGCUGCCGCCAAAGGCCACCUGA